GGAGAGGGCGGAAGGAGCACAAGGAGCAGAGGGUAAACAAUAAGAGCUAUUCAAAGAAUAUGCCAUGUAAUCAGUCUGAUCUGGGAUAACACAAAGCACCCCAUCUAGUCAGGGUUGUUUCCAGCACUUCACUGUUGUAACAGCUGUCCUUUUCUGAAGGGGGGGAGGAGGCAGUGUUGGUGACAGAAAUGAGGGCAACCGCAAGGUUUACUUCUCAUUUUAUGGAGAUUGUACGCAGCGGGGAAGUAUCUUCCAUUCAAUUUUUCACCUGUGCGGCUUGUUGCUCCUUUUGCUCUUGAGAACAGCUUGAAUAGGGGGAGAAGAGCAACCUAGAAAGGGACUGGACCAACGCUGGGUAUGGCAGUGUUCUCUUUGCUGAGGGGGAAGGUCAACACCAUCAAGCAAAACUAUUUGUUAAUGACAACUUGAGGAGUGUCUGAUAACUGCAAUGAAGAAGAACAGAGUGUUCAUCCAGAAACUGACCAGUGGAUUGAGACAGAUGUUCUCAAACAAUGACGAAGCUGUGAUCAACAAAAAACUUCCGAAAGAGCUACUGCUUCGAAUAUUCUCUUUUCUGGAUGUGGUCACUCUUUGUCGUUGUGCUCAGGUUUCCAGGGCAUGGAAUGUUCUGGCCCUGGAUGGCAGUAACUGGCAGCGAAUUGACCUGUUUGAUUUCCAGAGGGAUAUUGAGGGUCGAGUAGUGGAGAAUAUUUCUAAAAGAUGUGGGGGUUUCUUGCGAAAGCUAAGCCUGCGUGGGUGUCUAGGAGUGGGAGACAACGCGUUAAGGAUAUUUGCACAAAACUGCAGAAAUAUUGAAGUAUUGAACCUCAAUGGCUGCACCAAGAUCACAGAUACGACAUGUACCAGUCUUAGUAAGUUCUGCUCUAAACUGAGGCACCUUGACUUGGCUUCCUGCACUUCCAUAACCAACCUGUCUCUAAAAGCACUGAGUGAGGGAUGCCCACUGCUGGAACAACUGAAUAUCUCCUGGUGUGACCAAGUCACUAAGGAUGGCAUCCAGGCUCUGGUGAGAGGCUGUGGAGGACUCAAAGCCUUGUUUCUGAAGGGCUGUACGCAGCUUGAGGAUGAAGCUCUCAAAUACAUUGGAGCACACUGUCCUGAACUAGUGACUUUAAACUUGCAAACCUGCUUACAAAUCACAGAUGAUGGUCUCAUAACAAUAUGCAGAGGUUGCCAUAAAUUGCAAUCCUUGUGUGCCUCAGGCUGCUCUAACAUUACAGAUGCCAUCUUGAAUGCACUGGGACAAAACUGCCCACGGCUUAGAAUAUUAGAAGUCGCAAGGUGUUCUCAGCUAACGGAUGUGGGCUUUACCACUCUGGCUAAGAACUGUCAUGAGCUUGAAAAAAUGGACCUGGAAGAGUGUGUUCAGAUAACAGACAGUACGUUAAUCCAGCUUUCCAUAUACUGUCCACGGCUUCAGGUGUUGAGUUUGUCACACUGCGAGUUGAUCACAGAUGAUGGUAUUCGUCACUUGGGGAAUGGUGCCUGCGCACAUGACCGACUGGAAGUGAUCGAACUGGACAACUGCCCUUUGAUCACAGAUGCCUCCUUGGAACACCUGAAGAGCUGCCAUAGCCUGGAGAGGAUAGAACUUUAUGACUGUCAACAGAUCACGCGGGCAGGAAUCAAGAGACUCAGGACCCAUUUACCCAAUAUUAAAGUCCAUGCCUACUUCGCUCCUGUGACUCCACCUCCAUCAGUAGGGGGCAGCAGACAGCGCUUCUGCAGAUGUUGCAUCAUCCUAUGACAUUGGAAUUGGUCAUCCUUGCAAACUGAGUAUUUAAUUACACUUCUAGAAUUACAGUGGACACCCGUAUCUUCAACGAAAGAGAUCCCAGUGUCAUUUGCAAGGGCCAGUGAAAAGGGCUGUGGCACCAGGCCCCUGUAGCCACCCAUACACACGCAUAUACACACGCACCACCUGUUCCAGCAACUGAUGAACUCUGUGACUUGGGAGCUGGAUCUGUGUUGUCUUUUGCUGUAGGUGGAUUGAUACAAUUCUGAACCAUUCCUACUGGGCAUGCUCAGAAGAAACUACUGGGGAGGGGGUUGUGCAAACUCAAAACGAUGCUGCUGGUUUUUGUUUCUUGUUUUUUUUUUAAUGUUGGAACAGCGCCAAAAUCCUUCCAAGUUGGGGGGGGGGAAGAAAUGAAUGUGCUUUAUUCUUGCAUCCACUGUCAAAAAAAAAAAAAAAAAAAAAAAGGGAGGUUUUGUUUUCCGUUCUGCAGUAAGCGAAUGAAAACAGCAGCCAUUGUGAGACAUGAUUUACUGUGCUUCAGUACUUCCUUGUUUCCAUGCUAACACACUGAGCAUGCUCACAUUGAAGGUUCAUCAGUUUCUUCUGUGUUUUGUAGCAUUCAGCUCAGAGGCUUCCUAGAUUGUUGUGAUGAUAUAGCUUGAAAUCUGUAAUGUCAGGCUCAAUUUUUUUACCCCACCCACUGCUCUUUUUUUUUUACAGAUUUCUAAUUUAGUAAUUUUUUGAGAUUAUUGAACAUAAGUUAUUUAUCAAUAAAAAUAAGACACUUUUUACCAUUAGAAGGCUGUGCCUGAAACUGCCUGUCUGAUGGAAAGAUCUUAAAUAGAAAGAGAGAGUGGAGUGCAGGCUACGAUCUCGUGGGCUUGUUUGCCCAUUUUUACCAAUAUUUGGGUCUCACCUCUUUUGCAUUUCAAGUUUUACCCCAGGAAAGAGAACAUAGCUCACAAUGUAGGGGACACAGCUGCAUUCUAUAGUCCAAUUAAUAUUAAUUCCCUGGCUCCUGCCCAAAAAAGGGGAAAGAAA